AUGUCCGCAUCACCCACCUCCAACAUCGCAAUGUCUUCGGCAAAACGACCCUUGGAAGAUCCUUCGUCACCCUCCGCUCCCACUGACCUGCCAGAUGCCAAACGUCCAGCCCUUGACAAGCUUGUCAAAGAAGACACCACCGUCCAGGACUCGGCACCCGCCGACACUCUCUCAGCGGAGACUGCAAAGACUGUCGAAGAGCCGGAUUUGCCUGCUCCCGUGACCAACGGAAAUGCAGACGCACAUCCCGAAGUCGCCGCAUCCUCAGGAACCAACGGUACUGCAGCGGCAUCACUCCCAGAGGCUCAAGUACCUUCGCUUCCGAACAUUGUUCCACAGAAUGAGCGAUCAUCAUCUGGCGCUCCGUCAGUGCCCUCACAGGACGAGACCAACUGGAUCCAUAUUCGUGCUGUUAUUUCAAGCGCCGAAGCCGCAACUUGCAUCGGCAAAGGUGGCGAAAACGUAACCCAGAUUCGAAAACUCUCUGGGGCAAAAUGUACCGUCAGUGACUAUGCGCGUGGUGCGGUGGAGCGAAUUCUGACCGUGAGCGGGUCCCAAGAGGCAGUCUCCAAGGCCUUCGGUCUCAUUAUUCGUACUCUCAACAAUGAACCUAUCGACGCCCCCUCUACUGCCCAGUCCAAGACUUACCCCCUCCGCUUGCUGAUCCCCCAUAUUUUGAUUGGUUCCAUCAUAGGAAAGUCCGGCGUUCGCAUCCGAGAGAUACAGGAAGCGUCCGGGGCUCGUCUCAAUGCCUCGGAUUCCUGCUUGCCUCUUUCCACCGAGCGUUCAUUGGUGGUCUUGGGGGUUGCUGAUGCAGUGCACAUCGCCACGUAUUACGUUGCUGUCACACUGGUUGAGCAGCUUACGGAGCGAUUCGGCGGUCCGGCUGCGUCUGCUUAUGCCACGAGGAGUGGAGGUCCGGCAGGAGUGAUCCCGGGUGGUAUGCAAGUAGUGCCAUACGUUCCUCAACCUGCCGGAGGCCAAUAUGGCCACCCAGACACCUACAAGAGGCACAAUACCCUCCCCCCUCAGCGCGUCCCCGCCCAGCCUUACGGUGCGCCUCAACUACCCGGUCCCGCUCAGCAACCUUACGCUCCAUACGCCCAACCUUACGCGGCAACACCUCGUACUCCAAGCUACGGAGCAGUCCCUCCACAACCGGGGCCGUAUGGUCAAGUGCCACCCCAGCCUGGUCCGCAUGGGCAACCCGCACAGCCGGCUCAUGGGAUGCCUGGACAACCCAUAACCCAGCAAAUUUUCAUUCCGAACGAUAUGGUCGGCGCCAUUAUCGGCAAAGGUGGCGCUAAGAUCAAUGAAAUUCGUCAUCUCAGUGGCAGCGUUAUUAAGAUCAAUGAGCCGCAAGACAACAGCAACGAGCGACUGGUCACCAUUACUGGAACCCAAGAAUGCAAUCAAAUGGCCCUGUACAUGCUGUAUUCGAGACUGGAGAGUGAGAAGCAUCGAGUCUAG